AUGGUGAGCGAGGCGCCACUGUCCCCAGACGGGGAGGAGCGGCGGCUGAACGGCGGGAGCUGGUGUGGCGGGGCCGCCUCGGGGUUGGGGCGGGGCAACGUCGAUUUUUUGGCCUUUGAGGAUGUGGCAGUGAAGUUCAGCCAGGAAGAAUGGAUUUUGCUGGAUCCUUCUCAGAAGAAGCUAUACAGAGAUGUGAUGCUGGAAACCUGCAGUAACCUUACUUUUAUAGGCAUCAAAUGGGAAAACCAGAAUAUUGAAGAACAGUACAAACAUUCUUGGAGAUAUCUAAGAAAUUAUAUGGUAGAUGCAGUCUAUGAGCAUAAAGAAGGUGGUCAGUUUCGAGAAACCUUUAACUGGAUACCAAAUCUCCAUAGUAGUACGAACAUUUCUACUGGAAUAAAACCAUUUGAAUGUGGUGUGUGUGGAAAAGUCUUCGGUUGUCAUUCAUCCUUUAAUGAGCACAUCAUGUCUCACUUGGGGGACAAACCAUCUGAACACAAAUAUGGUUCAUUUGGAAUACAACAGCAAAGUCACAGUUGUGAAAAAUCCUGUAAGCAAUGUGGACUGGCCUUCGUUUGCACCUGUUCAUUUUCUGUAGAUGGAAGAACCAACACUGAAGACAAAUGUUAUGAAUGUACACAAUGUGGUAAAGCUCUGAGUUCUUCUAGUUCCCUUCAAACUCAUAAAAGAGUUCAUACUGGAGAAAGACCUUAUGAAUGUGAACAAUGUGGAAAAUCCUUUAGACAUCAAAGUUCAUUUCGAUUACACCAAUUAACUCAUAUUGGAGGGAAACCCUAUGAAUGUAAACAAUGUGGGAAAGCUUUCAGAUGUCACAAUUAUCUUCAGUUACAUGAAAUUUUUCAUAUUGAAGAAAACCCCUAUGAAUGUAAACAAUGUGGGAAAACCCUCUGUUCUCCUAGUUCUCUUCGAUUUCAUGAAAGGAUUCAUAAUGCAGAAAAACUUUAUGUAUGUAAACAGUGUGGUAAAGCUUUCAAAUGUCAAAGUUACCUUCGAAUGCAUGAAAGAACCCACAAUGCUGAAAAAUGUUAUGACUGUAAACAGUGCGGUAAAGCUUUCAGAAGUCACUGUUCCCUUCAAAGACAUAAAAUAGCUCAUCCUAGGAAAAAAACUUAUGCAUGUAAACAGUGUGGUAAGUUCUUCACUUACCCAUAUUUGCUUCAGACACAUGAAAGAUUUCACACUGGAGAGAAACCAUAUAAAUGUAAGCUGUGCAGUAAAGCCUUCCUUUGUUCCCCUCUUCUUCAAAGACAUAAAAGAACUCAUACUUGGGGAAAACCCUAUACAUGUAAACAGUGUGGUAAAUCCUUCGGAAGUCACAGUUCCCUUCGAUUGCAUGCAAGGGCUCAUACUGUAGAGAAACCUUAUAAAUGUAAGGUGUGUAGUAAAGCAUUUUUAUGUCCUCCUUUCCUUCAAAGACAUGAACGAGCUCACACUGAGCAAAAGCCCUUUGAAUGUAAGCAAUGUAGUAAAAUCUUCAGGGAUUGGAGUACCUUCCAAGUACAUGAAAGAUCUCAUAUUGUAGAAAAGCCCUAUAAAUGUAAGCUAUGUAGUAAAGCCUUUUUUCAUCUCUCUUCCCUGGAAAGACAUGAAAAGAUUCAUAAUGGAGAAAAACAAUAUGCAUGUAAAUAUGCAUGUAAACAAUGUAGUCAGUCCUUCAUUUUUCCUUGUUUACUUGAGAGGCAUUUAAGAACUCACACUGAUGGAAAACCCUAUGAAUGUAAGCAGUGUGGUAAAGCAUUUAGAAGUCUCACUUAUGUUCACAUACAUAAAAGAACUCACACUGAAGAAAAACUGUAUAUAUGUAAACAGUGUGAUAAAAGUCUCAGUUGUCCCAGUGCCCUCCAGUUACAUGAACUAACUCAUACUAGAGAAAAACCCUAUGCAUGUCUGCAAUUUGAUAAAACCGUCAGAAAACUCAGUUAUUUUCAAGUACCUGAAAAGACCCAUACUGAAGAAAAAGCUUAUGAAUAUAAGCAAUAUGGUAAAAUUCUCGAUUGUUCAAGUUCUCUUCAGCUACAUGAAAGAAUCCACACUGGGGAGAAAUCACAUGAAUGUAAACAGUGUGGUAAAACCUUCACAAUUCUUAGUAGUCUUCAAGUGCAUGAAAUAUCUCACAGUAAUGAGAAACCUUAUGAAUGCAAGCAACGCGGUAAAGUUUUCAGUCUUAGUAAUAUACAUGAGAGAAAGAAAACUGAAGGAAAUCCAUCUGAAUGUAAGCAGUGUGGCAAGUCCUUUGUUUCUCGAUAUUUACUUCAAAUGCAUGAAAGGUCUCAUUCUGCAGAGAAACGCUAUGAAUGUAAGGUAUGUGGUAAAACCUUCAUUUAUCCCUCAUUUCUUCAAAGACAUGAAAGAACACAUACUGGAGAAAAACCUUAUGGAUGUAAACAAUGUGGUAAAGCCUUCAGAGUACAGAGCUCCCUUCGAUUACAUGAAAGAACUCAUUCUGAGGAAAAACCUUAUGAAUGUCAACACUGUGGUAAAGCCUUCUGGCGUCUCCCUUCUCUUCAAGUACAUGAAAGAAUCCAUACUGGAGAAAAACCCUUUGAGUGUAAACAAUGUGGCAAAACUUUCAGAUGUCACAGCUCCCUUCAGAGACAUGAAAGAACUCAUAGUCAUGAAAAACCAUAUGAAUGUAAACAGUGUGGUAAGGCCUUUAGAUGUCACCGGUCUCUUCAAAGACAUGGAAAAACUCAUGCUGGAGAAAAAGCCCCAUGAAUCUGAACAGUGCAAAAACUUGUAGACUUUAUAAUUUCCUUCUAAUGUUUGAAAAUACUCCUGAGAAAAAAAUCUGGUAGUAUAAAAUGAGGUGAAAGCUUCA